AUGUCUUUCCCUCUCUUCUCUUUGGGCUUUGCCCCUCUCUCUCUCACCUUCCCGAGCAGCAACGUUGUCAAGGCUAUCGCCAUCGCUUCGCUCGCCGCGCUGUCGGUCAAGAUGCUACUCAACACGGUCGCGCCCUCGCAGGCCGGCCACGAUCAUAAGCAUCAUCGCAUUGAUGACAAGGUAUGUCAGGAAAGCCUCGCUACCUCUACUGACGACGUCAAUGCUAAUAACCUUACCCAGUCUGCUCAGGGCGCUAAACAAUCCCGGCGCAUCGAGUCUGCCACUCCUAUGGACCAUACCAUCACCACAAGCAUCAACAACGACAAGGCUUCUCACACCACUGAGCUCAUCGUCGCCCCCAAGGAUGUCGACCUCACCAAGGACGUCGAAAUUGCCGACGACAACACCGUCAUCCAAGGCGCCGACAGCACGGAGAUCGGCACUGACACCAAGAAAGCUUGCCCCGCUGAGCUCAACAACGCUCCUGAGAUUGUUACCUCGACUCAUGCUACUCCCAUCGUCAACGACGAGAAGCCAGCUAUUAACUCAUCGAAUGGAGUCCGCUCGUACCGCCAUUCCUUCCCGGCUGUCAACAUCAUCGAAGUCGUGGAAGUUCCUUCCAAGCAAGCGACAACCCGCUCUUACUACCACUCCUUCCCGGCUGUGGACAUCAUCGAGGUUGUCGAGGCUCCCUCCAAGCAAGCGACGGUGAUCGCUUCGCCUAUCCAGAGUAACAACAACACGGCUGCACUUGUCAACGAGCAAGAGAGCACAGUCUCAAGUGACGCUGCUCCCAAGGCUGAAGAAGCCAUUCUCAAUCAUACUCGCAAAGAUUCUACUGCGUUAGUGACCCCAAAGCAAUCCCUCUUCUACAGUAGCGAAAUACUAAUUCAUCACAGGACCAACUUCUCUACCGAGAGCCAGCAAACUGCCAACAGCGACUUGUCGGCCACUACCCCCGACACCCAAGAUACGCUCUACUCCGUCCCAAAUAUUGACUUCAUCGACCAGCUCACCCCUUCUGGCGCCAAGGCCUCUGAGGAGGAUGAGAACCACGAGGAAAAUGCGCUCACUGCCACCGCUGCCGCCAAUACCACUUCUCGCGACAAUACCCGAUCUAAGUGGUACGACUUCUCCCACUUGUCGGUCGAGGAGAUGGCCAAUCUAGACACCAUCAUUAUCAUCGAGCGCCCGGACACUGGGAUCAGCUAUACCCAGCUAACAUGCGGUUUCUGUUACCGCUUGGACGAAGAAGAAAACCCUCUGAUGAUGAGCCAAUCGGAGUAUGAGGACCUGUUGGCGUGGUUUGACAGCUUUAAGACCAAAGAGGAGGAGAUCAAGCUUCCACUUCCUGUCGUCCUCGUUACGGAUGAGGAGGGAAACGAACGCCUCGCCGAAGAAGAUAACGAGACCAGCUUUGAGUCCCAAGUUUUGGAUCUUCAGGAUCGUCCUGCAUGCGGAGUCAAGUAUGUCCUUCUCACCAAUGGCCACUGGCACUACCUGAACGAGGACACUACGACCGCCAGACUCAUGAGCGAAGACGAGUACGAGGAGUUCGUCUUCUGGCUCCAAGAGAAGCAAGCUGAAGAGGAUGAGAGACUGGAGCAAGAGGAGGACAAGCUCGGCCAGGAAAUCAAGGGAAUCGAGCUCUUCUCGUACGACGACAAAUUCACAGACGCCAACCACCUCAACAACGCGCAUGACCUUUCCGAGCUCGAGCAGUCGCAGGAGGCCGAGUGUAUCGGCACCAGCUUCAACAUCGUCGGCCUGAUCGAUCACCCAGACGGCGACAAACAAUACGCCAUUGGCAAUGACGAUGCCGUCUACUGGCUAAUUGGCGCGAUGUUCUGUCUCCUUGACGAAGACGAACUGGACCAAUUCAAUCGAUGGAGGGAUGGGGACAAGACUGCCCUCUAUGGGCCCAUCAAGCAGUUGAAGAGACCUGAGGGAAAGGAGCCCAAGUGGAAGGCCCCGGACUUGGAUGCCAUCUUUGAGGAGGAUGAAGAGGAGGCCGAGAUGGCAGCGGAGGCAGCGGAGGAGUACAUCCCCAAGAAAUGGAACAAGUGGGGUCUUUACACCAUCGAGGAGGAGGGCGGAGAGGACCAAGAGGACUAUGCAGAUCUGUGGUGGUGA